AUGCCUGAGUCAACAUUGUCCCUGGGGUCAAAAGAUCUGUACUCUAAUCUAUCGUUGAAUGAUCAAAGUAUGGAUAAUUCAUCUAUGAAGGCGAUAUAUGAGGCAGACAUGGCAGAUACGGAUGAUAAUGGAUAUCAAGAUGAGGAGAGAGAUGAACAUUUGGUACCCACGAUUUCGAGACCUCUUUCGAGGUCUAGUGUAACGUCAGGGCUAUCUAUGACGGCAACAAAAGAUGGUGUUGAGGGGAGAAGGGUACAGAGGUAUGGAAUCCCACAGUACUCGCUUAAUCUGUUGAAUUCCAUGUCGCAAUCCUACUGGAAACCAAAAAAAAAUAAUGGGUCGAACGUUGCAGACGAACUUGAUUCUCCUAUUGGUCCACCCAUGACUCUUCGAGAAAAGAUUAAAUUAUUAAGUACAGACGCUUUGUCAAGAACAGGUGUUGAGGAUUCUAGGUUAGACAGUGUUUCUUUGAACGGCAUGUCUCGUGAGUCGCUCACGCCUUCGAAACUGCAACAACAGCCAAGAGAGCUGCAAGAAAACCUGUUGAAUGAUUUCAAUAAUCCCAACGUUAUUCCUAGGGUAAAUAGCGAAUUGGAAACUAAUUUGAGCACAAUGGGCGAUGAUAUGUCGUAUUUGCAUGACAUGAAAAACAUACCCUCAGUUCUGGUUGCUGCUGAUAGUGACAACGAUUAG